GAAGCUCCCGAAAAAUCACAUCGUGUGCUAGAAGCUUAAUAUAAGUUUUCCAUGGUUUUGACGCAAAGUUCUUUUGUCUACGAUUUGUUUGAACUUCUUGCAAAAUUCUCGAGUCGUAUUAUUUUUCGUUACAGCGUGAUUUUAUUGUCCUGUAGCGGACGAGAAUAAGAGUGAAGAUUUCUUGCUCAAGCGUAAAAGCAAAACGCAAGGAGUUCUAACCAAACGAAUUGUAAUCGAACUUGUUAUCAAUCGAUGUGAAUCUUACCAUGACUCACGCGACGUAUUGUUAUUAAAAUCAUUUCUGUUUUCUGUAUUCGAAAUGUAUCGUAAAAACAGCAGAUAAUAUUUGAAAAUUAUAACCAUUUCGCAAACCUCGAAUAGACAAUAAUGGCAAAAAUGACGAUGGAAAUAUGGAAGUAUAUCUUAGUACUUAUUAUCGUAAAUUCAGUGGCCACCGAGAGAAUAAAGGAUAUGAUUUACAUGCCUUUAGAAGGUGUAGCUGCUUGUUUCCGAAGACACAAUGGCACGCAUCAGUUUGGAUGCUCUUCCAGUAGAUCAGGAAGUGUAGGUGUCGUGCAUCUAAUUGAGGGGGAUGGCGAUAUUACUUGGAUAGAAAGAAACGCCACUGCUGGUCCAUACACUGUAGUCCUUCCAUUUGAUAUGUUUACUAGAAAUACACUUAUAAGACUUCGAAAUACAAAUAACAUAAAUGGAGUGCUAUUAACGAGAAAUAUUAGUCUUGAACGUCCAUCAAGUUAUUCACCUGAAGACACAUGUCCGAACCGAUAUUCUGGUUAUAAAAAAUGUAACAAAAUGAAGCCAUGGAAUCCCUUUGGAUCUGCGUUACUCUUGGAAGACUGGUCAUUUCCCAUGUUUUAUACAGAGAAUCAAACUGUUUUGGAGGCCAUAAAGUCUUGUUUUCAGAGGCAUAACGCUCACGAUCUCGAGACACAGUAUCAGAGAUCUCUUUGUGCGAUAGAAAUGAAAUCAUUCAUGUAUGCUGCUGUUAAUUCGGAAUCUUGUAUAAAACGUACCGAUUUCAACUUAAAUUUUAAUCCGACUCAAUUUUGCGAUCCACUCGGAGACAGAAAUAUACAUUGGCCUUUAGCGCCUCUCAAUGAGGAUAGUAAUUCGAUAAUUAUGGUGACGGCACGAUUAGACGCAUCAUCAUUAUUCGAUGGUAUAUCACCUGGUGCGGGUAAUGUUGUAACAGGACUUGUGACAUUGAUUGCUACUGCAUAUUACUUGAAUCAUUUAAACGCCACUGUCGAUAAGACAAACGUGGUAUUUUCAUUGCUGAAUGGAGAGGCAUUUGAUUAUAUAGGCUCUAGUCGUAUGGUUUAUGAUUUGAAGCACAACAAUUUUAAUGCUCUCGGUGGGAUCAAUUUAAACAUCGAUCACAUCAAGAGCGUGAUUGAGUUUGGUCAAUUAGGCAGAGGAAAAAUAUUUCUUCACAGCAAUGGUGAAGAUGAUAUAAUAAAUCGUUUACAGAAUGCAUUGAAGGUGUCGAACAAUAGUGUUCUACAUGAUAGUGUUCCACCUACAUCUGUACAAAGUUUCCUAGAAGCAAAUCCAAAUCUAACGACCGUCGUUAUAAGCAAUCACGGACUCCAGUUUAAAAAUCAAUAUUACAACGGCAUCUUGGAUGAUGUGGAGAGUCUCGGAUUUAAUAGAAACGAUACUAGCACGCUUGCAUCAGAUUUAGCGAAUAUUGCUCUUCAGGUCGCUAAUGAACUUUACCAGAUGGUGACGGGUGAGCAGGAUCCGCAGCUCGCUUAUCCAUCGUUAUCCGAUGUAAAAGAUCUUAUCUCGGAAAUGCUAUAUUGCUACUUAGAGAGUGCCAAAUGUACUCUGUUUCGUGAAUCUUCGGCGCCCAAUGUUAAAUUGAUUAAUCAUGUCCUGCCGUUAUAUGUCGGUGUGCAUAGAGCGCCCAAUCUCGCAACAAGUUUAACAGGUCAGCUUUUGGCUUAUCUAACUGGCGAGAAACUCUUCGAGAUGAAUGAAACAAUGUGCCACGAGAAUCGUCUCGCUUGGAUGGGUGGAGCCAAUUUUUCAGGAUUAUGUAUAAAUUCGACCGUCAAUUAUAGCGCAGCUGUAAGUCCUGCGUUUAUCAUCGAUGGAUAUGACAUGAAGUCGGGAGUCUAUUCGACUUGGACAGAAUCUAUAUGGCAAACGUUAAGCGUUAGAAUGUUUCUAAAGCCGUCAGCAGCGACAGAACGCUUCAGUAUGAUUUUGGGUAGCUUAAUCGCCGGUAUCUCGUUUGUAUUAGUGUGGUUUAUCAAUAAUCGAGCUGAUGUUUUAUUUAAUUCAAGGAGAACCGUUGAUUGCUAGGGAUACGCCGCGGACCACAUAUCAAUGACCAGGUUAGAUAAUUAUCGUCAAGAUCCUGAUGUUCCAAUAACUAGCCUUUAAUCUUAUGUGUGGUGCGCCCUCGGACGAUUAUUUUCUAAUUCAAUUAUUUACAAAUAUGUUACACUGUCAUCUCAUUAUCAUUAUGAUUAUUUUUAUCGUCCUCAUCGUUUCAUAUGUAUUGCGUUCAAUCGAAGAAAAUAUUAUCGAUUGAUACGUCCUUAAUAUUCCCAAAAUGUAAGUAACCAGACAUAUCUUUCGUUCUCUCUGCAAUUCUCUUUUAUUAUGUAUGAUAUGGUUCCAUCCAUAUUGUA